CCCUUUCCCGUUGGCGGCGGCCGCUCGAGCCCGGAAGCGGACGGGGGCGGGGGCGGCCGCGGCGCCUCGGGGUUUCUGGGUUUGCGGGGCGUCCUGGACUCGCGGCUCCUCGGUCUGCGGCGCGACAGCCAUGCAGCCCCCGCCCCCGGGCCCGCUGGGCGACUGUCUGCGGGACUGGGAGGAUCUGCAGCAGGACUUCCAGACCAUCCAGGAGACCCACCGGCUGUACCGCCUGAAGCUGGAGGAGCUGACCAAGCUGCAGACGAACUGCACCAGCUCCAUUUCCCGGCAGAAGAAGCGGCUCCAGGAGCUGGCACUUGUCCUGAAGAAAUGCAAAGCCUCCCUCCCAGCAGAGGCCACAGUGGCUGUGCAGGAGCUGGAGAACCAGAUGAAGGAGCGGCAAGGCCUCUUCUUUGACAUGGAAGCCUACUUGCCCAAGAAGAAUGGGUUGUACCUGAGCCUGGUUCUGGGGAAUGUCAACGUUACGCUGUUGAGCAAGCAGGCCAAGUUCGCCUACAAGGACGAGUAUGAGAAGUUCAAGCUCUACCUCACUAUCAUCCUCAUCCUCAUCUCCUUCAGCUGCCGCUUCCUGUUCAACUCCAGGGUCACGGACGCAGCCUUCAACUUCCUGCUGGUCUGGUACUACUGCACGCUGACAAUCCGUGAGAGCAUCCUCAUCAACAACGGCUCCCGGAUCAAAGGCUGGUGGGUUUUCCAUCACUACGUGUCCACAUUCCUGUCGGGGGUCAUGCUGACGUGGCCUGACGGGCUCAUGUACCAGAAAUUCCGGAACCAGUUCCUGUCCUUCUCCAUGUACCAGAGCUUCGUGCAGUUCCUGCAGUAUUACUACCAAAGCGGCUGUCUGUACCGCCUGCGUGCCUUGGGCGAGCGGCACACCAUGGACCUCACAGUGGAGGGCUUCCAGUCCUGGAUGUGGCGGGGCCUCACCUUCCUGCUGCCUUUCCUCUUCUUUGGACAUUUCUGGCAGCUAUUUAACGCGCUGACGUUGUUUAACCUGGCCCAGGACCCCCAGUGUAAGGAGUGGCAGGUGCUCAUGUGCGGCUUCCCCUUCCUCCUCCUGUUCCUCGGCAAUUUCUUCACCACCCUGCGGGUUGUGCACCAGAAGUUCCACAGCCAGUGGCAUGGGGGCAAGAAGGAAUGAGCUGGGCCUUUGCCCUCGGCCCCAAAGGGGCCUUUGACCCUGGGUGUGUUGGGAGGGCUGGGUGGCACCCCCAUGUGGUGAGGAAGGUCCCCUACCCUGGGCUUCAUGGGCUCUGUGGGCCCUGAGGAAGAUCCGGGCUUGGCCCCAACCUGCAGGAACCAGGCACUGCAGCCUCAAUAAAGGAAGAGGGGCAUGGA